UCUGUGUGUGUACUCCAACAUGGCUGAAGUCUCCCAGAGGAAUGUGAGUAAAACGGCUCUCAAGGAGAACCCCGAGGUAGGAGACAUGAGCGCGGCGGUGAGGACCGAUGUGUUCUCCGACGACGACGAGGAAGAUUUAAAUAAAGCGGAUGAAAUCAGCAGCGACGAGGACGACGAGGAUGAACGAAAACGGCAAAAGCUGCUGGAAGCCAUCAGCGCUCUCGGUGGGAAGAGGAAGAAGAAGCUCGGGGAGAGAUCCGAGGCGUCCGUCCACAUGUCCGAGUUCACCGUCAAGGCGGACGGGGAAGGAGACAGAAUCGACCUGUCGGACCUCAUCGGGACCAUGGGGAAAACCUCCGUCCUGCCAGCCAAGACCAAGAAGCAGCUGAAGAACCUACAGCGAGUGAACAGGACUAUUGAGUGUCCUCUGAGCAAGCAGGAGAGCCAGAGGAUCCAGAGAGACGUGGCCUUUCAGAAGGUGUCCAAAGAGGUGACCCGGUGGAAGAGCAUCAUCAAACAGAACCAGAGGGCCGAGCAGCUGGUCUUCCCCCUGAACCAGGAGCCCGCUGGCCCCAAGCCCAUGGAGAGGGUGGUGAGCGGCUGGAAGGCACAAACUCCCCUGGAGCAGGAGAUCUUCGCCGUCUUGUCCGCCAACAAGCAGCCGGUCAACGACCCCAUCUUGACCCCCGUGGAGGAGGCCUCGGUGAGGGCGAUGAGCCUGGAGGAUGCCAAGAUCCGGCGCGCGGAGCUGCAGAAAGCCCGCGUGCUGCAGUCCUACUACGAGUCCAAGGCCCGGAGAGAGAGGAAGAUUAAGAGCAAGAAGUACCACAAGGUGCAGAACAAGGCCAAUCGCAAGGACUUCCUGAAACAGUUCGACGAGAUGGUGAAGACGGACCCGGCCGCCGCCUUGGAGGAGCUGAACAAGAUCGAGCUGGCCCGCAUGCAGGAGCGGAUGUCCCUGAAGCACCAGAACAGCGGCAAGUGGGCCAAGUCGAAGGCCAUCAUGGCCAAAUACGACGACGGGGCUCGCAAAGCCAUGCAGCAGCAGCUGGAGGUAAACAAAGAGCUGACCCAAAAACUAGUGAGCUCCAUGAAUAACGAGGAGGAGGAGGAGGAGGAAGAGGAGAAGGAGGUAGAGCUGCUGCCUGAUGUUGUAAACGAUGCAGAGCCGGGACUGGACUCGUUAAACCCCUGGAUGAGAGGGAAGCUCUCUGAAGAACCCACAGAACAAGAGAUGGAAGACCCUGUCGCGCUCACAGCUGAGAAGCCUGGAAAUACAAUUGUAGAAGAGGAGGAGGAGGAGGAGGAGGAGGAGGUUGAGGAGACGGAAGAGGAAGUGCUCCUCCGAGAGUUUGACAGCAGGAGGAAACUGCGUCAGGCUCAGGAGGCUCUUGCAGCACCGAUGAUAUCUGCGGACGAGGAGGAGGAUGAAGCGUCUGCAGCAGAGGACCCGGAUGAGGAGGAAGAGCUCACAGAGUUCACCAGCCUGUUCCUCGGGAGAGCAGAAGUCCGUCAGGAGGCCGAGGCGACCGCCGCUGCUCGGCUGGAGGAAGACGUGAUCAGGAUCAGGUCUCUGGACGACAUGGAGGUCCUCGGUCAGACGCCGACCAGCGUUGAGGCGGCUGCUCCUCCCACAGACCUGGAGCAGCUGCCUCCUGCUCCUCAAACAUCUGGCAAGAAGAGGAAACGGAAGAGAGGGAUCGAGCUGAAGGAAGUUCUCACCAAAGGGACAAAGGUCAUCAAAGUGCCUCUCGCUCCGACCACGGAGGACACGGAGGACUCUGAGAAGACGGACCAGCGGGGGCUCAUCAAAGAGGCCUUCGCCGGGGACGACGUCGUCUCCGACUUCCUCCAGGACAAGAGGAGGCAGGAGGCCGCGGGGAAGCCCAAGGUGGUGGACCUGACGCUGCCCGGGUGGGGUGAGUGGGGCGGCACGGGCCUCAGGCCGUCCCGCAGCAAGCGCAGGAGGUUCCGGACCAAGGCGGCGCCGCCUCCGCCCCGGAAGGACCAACACCUGCCCAGCGUCAUCAUGUCGGAGAAGAGGAACCGCUCCAUCAGCCUCCACCAGGUGAGCACGCUGCCCUUCCCCUUCCAGAACCACGCGCAGUUCGAGAGCACCAUCCGCUCGCCGCUGGGCCGCACCUGGAACACGGAGCGCACCGUGAAGAAGAUCGUCAAGCCCCGGGUGGUCACGAAGCUGGGCGCCAUCAUCGAGCCCAUGGCGCGGGAGGAGCUGCUGAAAAACAAGACGCAGGCGUCCGCCGGGAGUAACCGCAGUGUGGACUCGUGGAAAAGGAAACAUUGAGUAUGGAACGAGAGAAAAGGAUGGAGACCCUCAUCAUCUUCUUCAUCAUCUUCAUCAGGUUCAUGUUGUGAGCUCAUUUCAGCUUUUAAAUGAGAUGAAAUCAUGUUGACUGUUUCUGGAGCCUUUCAUGUUUAAUCCAGUUUAUAAAGUGAACUAUGUAGUGGAGAAUAUAUUGAAUCAAAAUCUCUAAAAAAUAAAAUUGAGUUGAAGAUA